AUGUUUGGGUUUGCUUUAGGCACAAUAAAUGCUGGAGAAGUGCACAGAGAAGAUGACAGGCAUAUACGUCCUGCAUCAAGAUGCUGUUGUAUUAGAAUUUGCCAAGCUUCUUUAUCUUUCCAUGGCGAAGGUUCAUCUAUGUGUGGAAUUGGUUCGAAAAUUUCUUCAAAAUCUGAUUUGAUUUUAGUUUCACAUUUCCAGAGAGCCUCUUCAUUAGCAAGCAUUUCAAUGUGUUCGCAUACCAUGUCCACCACAUUAAAAGGUGCUACUGUUUUGGGUACACCUUUACCAGAUUUUUGA